ACCAGCAGGAGCGCAGCGCAAAUGGGCGGCGUGUUAUACUGGACGAGGAAGAUCUAACGCUCCUUGAAGCCGUAUUUUUUUGUGCGGUGUCAACCCUAGCACAAUGGCUAUCUUAAUGUCUCACUGUAUGUCGUGGCGGCUGUUGUUGGAGUAGUUCGCCUGUUUGUGGUGAUCCGGUGGCCUGCCGUCCUCAGCGCUCUCUGCAGCGGUAACUAGGUAGGUAGCGUUAACGUUAACGUCCAGCUAUGCUAACGCCAACAGCUCAAGGAGGGAGUUAGCUAGUAGGCAGAGCAUCAUCUCAAGGGAGGGGAGACCGGUUGAAACCUAGUGUAGAUGCCUUGGCUGAGAUGAGUGUGAAGGCUUUUGAGCUUGUCCCCGCUGUGGAGCGAGAGCUCCUCAUGGGCGACAAGGCUCGCAUCAACAUAGAGUGUAUUGAAUGCUGUGGAAAGCACUUGUACAUGGGUACCAAUGACUGCUUCAUCCACCACUUCCUGCUGGAUGAGGUCACUUCCUCCAAAGGAAAAUUGAGUUACUCGGCUCAGAAGCUGCUACACAAAUAUCUGGGCCUCAAGAAACCAGUUGCUGAGCUGCGUGCUGCCUCUGCUUUGGAGCGUUUGAUAGUGCUUUGUGAUGGAAUUGUCUUCCUGGUUGAAAUGGGGACACUGGAGACCGUGCCCUCGGCGGCAGGAGGCGGAGCCAAGAUCAGAGGUGUGACAGCGUUCUGCAUUAAUGAGAACCCAGUGAACGGUGAUCCGUUCUGUGUGGAAAUGGCCGUGCUCUCCUCCAAGCGGCGGACAGUGCAGAUUUACAUGGUGUACGAGGACAGAGUGCAGCUGGUCAAAGAGGUGACCACUCCUGAGCAGCCCUGUGCUGUCAGUGUUGACGGGUACUUUUUGUGCCUGGCCCUGGCUACACAGUACAUGAUUCUGAACUACAACACAGGAGCCUCCCAAGACCUCUUUCCUUACAACAGGGAAGAGAGGAGACCCAUUGUGAAGAGGAUCGGCAGAGAGGAGUUCCUCUUAGCAGCACCUGGUGGUCUGGGAAUGUUUGCCAAUGCAGAAGGGGUAUCUCAGCGGGCUCCAGUCCACUGGUCAGAGAACGUGAUUGGUGCUGCUGUGUGUUUUCCAUACGUGGUGGCUUUGGAUGAAAGCUUCAUCACCAUCCACAGCAUGUUGGACCAACAGCUAAAACAGACCCUUUCAUUCAGGGAUGGACACAUUCUGCAAGACUUUGAAGGAAGGGUCGUUCUGGCUUCCACUAAGGCAGUGUAUGUCCUGGUACCGCUGCCGCUGGAGAGACAGAUCCAGGACUUACUGGCCAGUCACAGAGUGGAGGAGGCAAUCCUCCUCACAGAGGGAGCACAGCAAAAUAUUCCCAAAGACAAGUUCCAGAUUUUGCACAAAAGAAUUCUCCAGCAAGCAGGUUUCAUUCAGUUUGGCCAGCUUCAGUUUUUAGAAGCAAAAGAACACUUCAGGAAGGGCCAGCUGGAUGUGCGGGAGCUGAUAUCUCUCUACCCACUGCUGCUGCCAGCUUCCUCUUCAUUCACACGCUGCCACCCUCCUCUUCACGAGUUCGCAGAUCUCAACCACCUGGCACAGGGCGACCAGGAAAAAGUGCUGCGAUGCAAGCAAUUCCUUAUCAGUUAUUUAGGAGAGGUACGAAGCACAGAGGUGGCCAAUGGCUGUAAAGAGGACUUGGACACUGCUCUGUUAAAGCUGUAUGCUGAACAGGAUCAUGACAGCCUUCUAGAUCUGCUGGCGUCAGACAAUGCCUGCCAACUAGCAGACAGCCUUCCAUGGCUGGAGAAAUAUCACAAAUAUUUUGCACUUGGGCUGCUCUAUCAUUAUAAUGGUCAGGAUUCAGCAGCACUUCAGUUGUGGAUUCGCGUGGUAGAUGGGGAUCUGCAAGACUCCACAAGAUCUGACCUCUAUGAGUACAUUGUGGACUUUCUCUACUCCUGCUCCAACCUGGACCUCGUCUGGAAGUAUGCAGACUGGGCCUUGCAGAAGGAUCCCACUAUAGGUGUCCACAUUUUUACUAAAAGGCCUGCCAGAAAGGACCUGUCAGAACUGAACCCUGAUGAUGUCAUCACUUAUCUGGAGAAGCACAGCCAUGCGCUGCUUCUCUACCUGGAACACCUGGUGCUGGAGAGAAGGACAAAGAAAGAGAAGUUCCACACACACCUGGCCGUGUUGUACCUGGAGAGGGUCUUGUCACUGCUGUCGCAGUCGCCAACAGAUGAGCAGAAGAUCACCAGAGCUAGAGAGAGGCUCCAAGCCCUGCUCAGGGAGUCCAAUCUUUACCGUGCACAGUUUCUUUUAGGUAAGAUGGAGAACAGUGAGGAGCUGCUGCUAGAGCGUGCAACACUACAUGGAAAACUGGAGGAGCAUGAUAAAGCGCUGCAUAUCUUGGUUCACAAGCUGCGAGACUUCCCAUCUGCUGAGGCCUUCUGUACGUGGGCCUCUUCUCGUCGGGAUCCUGCGUACCGACAGCAGCUGUUUCACCUGCUCUUGGAGGUGUAUCUAGACCAAAACUUUUCUAGAAAAUCCCAGAGUGCAGCGGGAGGUGGAGACCUGGAGAUGGCGGCGGUGGACCUCCUAAAUCGGCACGGCGAGGUGUUUGAUGCGGCCCGUGUCCUGCGCAUGCUCCCUGAGGGCUGGUCGCUGCAGCUGCUGCGGCCCUUUCUGGGCCGAGCCAUCAGGGCCAGUAUGCAUGCCUGCCGCACCUCCCAGAUUGCACUGGGACUAGCCCACUCUGAAAACCUUCAACUGCUGCAUGACAGGUUGAAAGACCGGAAGAAACCAAUCUUUGUCUCUGAAAAGAAAGGAUGCCACCUGUGCCACAACACCUUCAGUGAGCCUGACGUGGUGUGUCUGCCAGGCGGAGUGCCUGUCCAUACUCACUGUGUCGCCCAGAGAGUAAGAGACUCUCCCACAAAGAAACAGUUAACUAAUAGCAGUAAUCUUACGUGAGACUUGACACAUCAAACUAUCGGGAUCCCAGGCACCAAACGAAAGCAGGACAUGCUGAGGACUGUGGGGAUAACAAAAAGCACAUAAGACCCAUUGCCAUAGAGUCUGCUACGGAGUUGAUGAGAAACACAAAGAAAGCUGUGUACGUGUGGGAGAGUACACGGGAGAAACGGAUGAUUUCAUCUAUAUAUUCCUGUGAUGCAAUUAUACCACGCUGUCAGACAGACAGUUUUUACCGAAGUAAGAAACAACAGCUAAUUCACCCGACCCUUUAAUCCAUUUAAACAGAGAAUAAAUUAAAGACAGGCGCCUGCGCUUAUCUGUGGGUUCAGUGCUGAACCGGUCAUCGUCUUGGCUUGAACGGGUUUUAACCUGAAUUUGACUGCUUGAACUACAGAACACACCCUAUUUGAAUAAGCAUGCAUAGUGUUACCACUUUUACAGUUCUGGUCUAAUCACCUCCAUAUGGGUAUUGUAUUAAUGUUGUCCUAACUUGCACAUUGCAUUGUUAGGUUUUAAUGUGAAAUACUAUAAAGACGAAUCAGUACAUGAGACUGAGUCUUUUAUGUCAGUCUCUUACGCUCUUGGAUCUAGUCUCACUGCUGCUUUGUUUCCCCUCAGCCACAAGGGCACUGGAUGUUGUAUUCACAGUAGUUCAGUUCAACAGUUUGAUCCAAAACUAUUAGUUAUGAUGGUUAGAAACUUUAUUCAUUGUGUUGUCUGUGGAUCAACAACAGCGUAAAAAUACAUGACAUCUACAUUGCUUUACUAAUCACCGGUAACUGGGGGUUUAACACUCAAACUGCAUGAAGCACCAAUCAAAUUGACCUUCUAAAACCUGCAUAAAUCAAUUUUGUUUCUGUUAAUGCGUGUUGGCACAUUAUGAAGAGUAUCAUUAAAUCAUGUGAAAUCAAGCUCCAUAUAUGUCUGGCUUUGAGUAAGAAAUGAA